AUGGGCAACACCGUCUCGCGGAAGGCCACCGACGAGGCCUCGCCGUCCGUCCACGGCCAGUGCCUCGACUUCAUUCACCGGGACGACAGAUACCAGCUCUACGACGAGGCCAAGGACAUCGGCCGCCUCAGGACGGCAGCCCGCUUCGUCAGCAAUGACCACUUCCCUGCCCUGACGCUCCGCGAGCGACUCAAUUGGUCACUCCAUCGCAUUCGGCUCGCCGAUGGGACCCGGCUGGAGACCGUGAUAGCCUUCGGCCCGCAGUCGGUGACCGAGGCGCGGCUGCUGUUGGCGGCCAUGUGAAUGGUGGAGCAGCAGAGCUGGGAUGAGGUGGCUGAGGUGCUGCGGUGGGCCAGCCAGUGUGGACACUGCACGCUGCCCGUCAGCAUCACUGCUGACGACAUCAACAAACACGCCGACAUGACGGUGGGACUCACAGGGCGGGAGGGAGGGAGGGGAAGAAAGGGCCUCAUUUGCUCAUCCAUGCGCGUGUGUGUUGUGUGUGUGUAGGCGUAUGUGUCGCUUCCCCGUGUGGUGGCGCAGCUGAUGGUGGUAGGGAGGGCGUCACAUCGACUUCGGUGACGGCAGCCGGCUGGAGCUCUUCCGCCAUGCCCAUCAGGUGCGGGCCAUCAACGACGAGCCCGGCUUCCGGCUGGACUUCAAUCCGCCCCUCCCUGCCGGCCACCUCUACCGGCAGCACCGACUACAGGAUGACCCACCAGUGCGUAGCGGCAUCUUUUACGACAACGUCGACGGCGAAUGACGGGGUACGGUGCGCUCCACCUAUGCGUCGGCGUCGUCGUCCGCCAAGGACUUGAUCCGCAACCAUUUCGUUGAGACUCACCAGACCAAUUUCACAACGAAAUAUCUCGACAGGUAAGCCACCGAUGGCACCAGUGGGUGAGAGGGGUGUGUGUGUGGUGUGGUUGGUUCAGGAAUGACGGCGGCGGCCAUCUGGAUGCCCUCCUCACCCAGUCGCCCCACACGCCGGUGGACGGCUGCAGCACAACAUUGACCUCGGAGGCUUAUGUCCGAUACCUGGUGCUCACAAACAGCACCCACAACUUCGUCGCAUGGAUUCGCAUCAUUGACUGGGCAACAACGGGCAACAACGGUUAGGCCGACAGACAGACAGGCAGCUCUGCUGGUUACGUGCCACUAAUGUUCUCUCCCUUGUGUGUCUGCAGUGGAGGUGAGUGUCAAGACGACCGAGGCGCCUGCGUCUGGUGUGCAUGAGGAUGCGCCCUUCAAGGACCGCUUCCCCGAGACGACCGUCCUGGCUUGUGUGCCGCUGGAGGCUGUGGCGCCUUACGUGUUCGACGGACAGCAGCCGCCACAACAGCCACAGCCACAGCCACAGGCCCAGCCGCAGCAGCAGGGGGGCGACGACAGUGACGACGAUGGUACGGACAGACAGACAGAGGGAGGGAGAGAGGGACACACACAUGAGGAUGGAUGGAUGGAUGGAUGAGCCCUCUCUGUCUGUGUGGUGUAGAUGAGGACGGCCGUGGUGAGAGUGAGGGUGACGACUAUGACGACGAUGACGGUGGGAGGAGAGCGUUGCACAUAAACACACACAGACACACAAACACACUUGGGUGGUGCAGAUGGAUCUUUUGAUGGUGACGAUGACGAUGACGAUGAUAUGCAUCCCAACGACGGACAAGAGGGCAGCGGAGGUACGCACCACAACACAACACGGCACAGACCCCCUGGCUCCUGUCGAUCUGCAUCACCUUUCUAGUUGUCUGAUUGUGUGUGUGUGUGUGUGUGUUGAUUAGGUAGCGACGAGUACUCAGAGUGA